AUGCAUACUGCUGAAUUUUUGGAAACGGAACCAACAGAGAUCUCAUCUGUUCUAGCAGGUGGUUAUAAUCACCCACUGCUGAGACAGUGGCAAAGUGAGCGUCAACUGACUAAGAACAUGUUGAUUUUUCCACUAUUCAUAUCCGAUAAUCCAGACGACUUUACCGAAAUCGACUCCCUACCCAAUAUAAAUAGAAUUGGUGUUCAUAGGCUAAAAGAUUACUUAAAGCCAUUAGUGGCCAAGGGUUUGCGUUCCGUGAUCCUGUUCGGUGUGCCUUUGAUCCCCGGUACCAAAGAUCCAGUGGGUACAGCAGCUGACGAUCCUGCAGGACCAGUUAUUCAAGGUAUUAAAUUCAUUCGUGAAAGUUUCCCUGAAUUGUACAUUAUUUGCGAUGUGUGUCUCUGUGAAUACACUUCCCAUGGCCAUUGUGGCGUUCUGUACGAUGACGGUACCAUAAAUAGAGAACUAAGUGUCUCUAGAUUAGCUGCUGUGGCAGUUAACUACGCUAAGGCUGGUGCGCAUUGCGUGGCCCCCAGUGAUAUGAUCGAUGGUAGAAUUAGAGAUAUUAAAAGAGGCUUAAUAAAUGCAAAUUUGGCUCACAAGACCUUUGUCUUAUCCUAUGCUGCUAAGUUUAGCGGUAACUUAUAUGGGCCCUUCCGUGAUGCUGCUUGUUCAGCUCCUUCCGAUGGUGAUAGGAAAUGUUACCAAUUACCCCCUGCCGGUCGUGGUCUGGCACGUAGGGCAUUGGAAAGAGAUAUGAGCGAAGGUGCCGAUGGUAUUAUUGUUAAGCCUUCCACUUUCUACUUAGAUAUCAUGAGGGAUGCAAGUGAAAUCUGUAAAGACUUGCCAAUCUGUGCAUAUCAUGUCUCAGGCGAAUACGCAAUGUUACACGCUGCGGCUGAAAAAGGUGUUGUUGAUUUAAAAACAAUUGCAUUUGAAUCUCACCAGGGUUUCUUAAGAGCAGGUGCCAGAUUAAUCAUUACUUAUUUGGCUCCUGAAUUCUUGGACUGGUUAGAUGAAGAAAACUAA